GGGCUAGUAUGGAAGUCCGACCAGCGCCCAGUGUCUAACCUGAUGUUAUCGAAGACCCGGACUCACCGUAUGACAGAGAAGUUGAAUGUUGAACAGUUCCAGGAGUACGAUGACCACCUGCAUCAGCUGCUGGAAGACGCCGUCAUCGAGCCCGCGCUGCCGAGUCCACCAUCAGAGUUCAUCUUACCGCAUCGAGGACUGCACCGCAACGGCAAACUGCGAGUGGUGUUCGAUGGAUCAGCGCCAGACGGUGCAGGUAUGAGCCUGAACUCCUACCUUGAGCCGGGAGAGAACCUGCUGCAUCGUUUACCAGCUGUGCUACUUAACUUCCGUUCAGGAGCUGUGGGUUGUCAGACGGACAUUCGUGCAGCUUUCCAUCAGAUUGUACUCACUGAGGAGGACCGUCAGUUCGUGCAGCUACUGUGGGCGGGCCAGCGGCUGAGGUUUCGCAGGGUCCCGUUUGGACUCACCUGUUCGCCCUACAUGCUGCUGUGCACUAUCGCUGAGCACGUCCGCCGGUGUCUGCGCGAUGAACCUGUUCUGUUGCAGAAGGUUCAGGAUUCCGUCUACAUGGACGACAUGUGCCCGUCCUUCAGUACGAGGGCGGAGGCAGAGGCCGGACUGACGAAGAUGGGUGACGUCUUCAGCGAGGCCUCCAUGGAUCUUCACAAGACCAGGAUGUCUGGUGACGACACUGAGGACGAGAAGGUGCUCGGCCUACUGUGGAGCACAAGAUCGGAUCGUCUGGCCGUGACCGUGCCACAGGUGACCUGCCCUGGCACCCGGACUGAGCUGCUAUCUGCUGUGAGUAGACCGUUUGAUCCGCUCGGCGUGGUGACGCCGUGGCUGAUCUGGGGGAAGGCCCUGUUUCAGCGUACCUGGCUUGACGCUGAAUGCACAUGGGAUAGUCCCCUGAGUGGGGAGCUGCAGACCGAGGUCCGAGCCUGGUGGAGAGACUCGCCGGGGAGGGUGAUCUGGUUCCCUCGCCUAGCCGGAGCGCGUGACGAUCAGUCCGGAGCGACUUUUCACGUGUUUUGUGACGCGUCUCGGACCGCCUACUGCGCGGUGGUGUAUGUGGUCCAGGGUGGGGAGCCUGCCCUGGUGAUGUCGAAGAGUAGGCUGGCCCCCCUGUCUCCACAUCUAACGAUCCCCAGGCUGGAGCUGAUGGCCGCUGUUGUUGGAGCCAGGUUGAUGGACUUCAUCAAGAACGCGCUGCAUCUGGAGAGCGCAACAGUCACCUACUGGUCCGACUCGACCGACGUGCUUCACUGGCUCAACCGGAGGCGGCCUCUCAAGAUGUUCGUGGAGAACCGGGUGAAGACUGUGCUUCAGUUGACGACCGCCGACCAGUGGAGGUACGUCAGAGGCUCUGAUAACCCCGCUGACAUAGGCACGAGAGGGGUAACGCUGACGUCUCUCAUCGCCUGUGACAAGUGGUGGAAGGGUCCACCAUUUGAUUUGAGUCCGCCCGACUAUGAUGUCUCGUUAGUGCUACUGACGCCUCCCUCAGCAGAAGCCGAAGCAGAGACGAGGCCCGAGGUCAGACGUCAGAUCGUGGCCGUGAGACGAGAGUGUGGCCCUGAUCCGAUUCCAGACGUCAUGCGUGGACCGUUUGAUGUGACUCGGUGUUCUCAUCUCAAGCAGGCAGUGAACCGCACCGCGUGGAUUCUUCGUUUCGCGCACAACGCCAGGCACCAGCGCACUGAGAGGAGGAGUGGAGCGCUGUCACCCGAGGAGCGCCGGGAGGCGCUGCGGUUCUGGAUCCGGGUCUCGCAGAGUGCCGCCUACGCGCCGGAGCUGGAGGCGCUGACGGCUGGCGCGCCGCUGCCACCCAACUCGCGACUCGAGAAGGUCAGACCUCGUCUAAACGCAGAUGGUGUCCUAGAAGCAGUCACGCGAACUCACGAACCUGCUCUGAUCAUUCUGCCUGAGUUUGCCCAUCUGACCACCUUGAUAGUGGAUGAUGCACACCGUAAAUCGUUUCACCAGGGUACCCGCACCACACUGGCACUGCUGUCUGGUGAAUACUGUGUGAGGAGACGAACUGUUCAUCGUGUAGUCAGUACAUGCUUCAGGUGCCGGAGGUACCGAGGUGCGCCGUACCGGUCAGCUGAUGGCGCGCUGCCCCUGUUCAGGACGGAGCCCAGCCGUCCGUUCAGCCGGGUCGGUGUGGACUUUUUCGGUCCGAUGUACGUCAAGGGCGGCGACAAGGUGACGACGACGUGCUGACGCCCGCGCACCUGUUGUUCGGGGUCACGUCCAUCCGUGGCGUGCUCUCUCCGUCUGGCCACGAGCUGGACAGCCUGAGUCGGCGCUGGCGGCACCAGCGGCUGGUCAGCGAGCACCUGGUUCAGCGAUGGACCAAAGAGU